AUGUCAGACCAUUCUCGCUAUCAAUCUCCAUUGACUUCUCGCUAUGCCUCUCCAGAAAUGGCUUACAACUUUAGCGAUGACAAAAAGUUUUCUACUUGGCGCUCACUUUGGUUGACUCUUGCCAAGGCCGAGAAGCAGAUUGGCUUGAAGGAUAUUACCGAUGAGGCUGUUGCUCAAAUGCAGGCUCACCUCACUGAUAUUGACUACACUAUGGCUGCUGAAGAGGAGAAACGUCGUCGUCAUGAUGUGAUGGCUCACGUUCAUACAUUUGGUGUUGCUGCUCCUGCUGCUGCUGGCGUUAUUCAUCUGGGUGCUACAUCCUGCUAUGUCACUGACAAUUCUGAGCUGAUCAUGAUUCGUGAUGGUCUUGAUAUUCUUCUGCCCAAGCUUGCCUCUACUGCCCAUAAACUCGCUGCAUUUGCUGACACCCACAAAGAUCUCUCCACACUUGGCUUUACGCACUUUCAGCCAGCUCAGUUGACUACCGUUGGUAAACGUGCUACUCUUUGGCUGCAAGAGUUGCUCAUGGAUCUCCGUAACAUUGGUCGUGCUCGUCAGGAUCUGCGAUUCCGAGGCAUCAAGGGAACCACUGGAACCCAGGCGUCUUUUUUGACCCUCUUUGAUGGCGAUCACUCCAAGGUUGAACAGCUGGAUGAGCUUGUCACUGAGAUGUCUGGUUUCCCUGCUGCCUAUAUGGUUACUGGUCAGACAUACACCCGAAAGGUCGAUUUUGACAUUCUUAAUGCUCUCGCUUCUUUUGGUGCAUCUGCUCACAAGAUUGCUACUGAUAUUCGCUUGCUUGCUCACCUCAAAGAGAUUGAGGAACCUUUUGAAAAAGACCAGAUUGGCUCGUCAGCCAUGGCAUACAAACGUAACCCUAUGCGUUGUGAACGUGUGUGUUCUCUUUCUCGUCAUCUGAUGGUCCUUGCCGGUGAUGCUGCUCAGACUGCUGCUGUGCAAUGGCUUGAACGUACUCUUGAUGACUCUGCUAACCGUCGUAUCUCACUUCCCGAAGCUUUCCUUACCGCCGAUAUCGUCAUGUCGCUUUUGCAAAACAUCUUUGAAGGUAUGGUAGUUUACCCUCAAGUCAUUUCACGUCGUAUCUCGCAAGAGUUGCCAUUUAUGGCUACAGAAAACAUUAUUAUGGCCAUGGUUAAACUUGGAGGUGAUCGCCAAACCUGUCACGAAGAAAUUCGAGUUCUUUCACAUCAAGCUGCAAAGUGUGUCAAGGAAGAAGGUCGUGAAAACGAUUUAAUAGAACGCAUUAAAGCUACUGCUUAUUUUGCUCCUAUUGUUCCCCAUUUGGAUACUUUGCUCGAUGCCAAAACCUUUGUUGGUCGCGCUCCUCAACAAGUUACCAAAUUUCUUGCCACCGAAGUUCAAGCCGCACUUGCUCCUUAUAAAGAAAUUCUAGCUUGUGGAAUCAAAACUGUUGAACUAUCCGUUUAA